GCGAGGCACAUGCGUACUCGCCGCCAUUGUUACACGAUCGAGGAAGAAACUUGUUGGACGUUUUUGUGUUUUUUUGUGCCUAUAUGAACAAUAAAACAACAUAGGGCUGCUGUCCUCUUACCAAACAAUAUCCCAAAUAAACUUUAAAGACUAUUUUUGUAUCAUAUCUAGACUAUUAGUGCCAAAAACUCUGUGGAAUGUCUACGAGUGUUGAUCAGAGAGGCAAAGGUCAGCCUAACCAAGUAUCAAAUGGCACAAUCAAAGAUGGGGUAAAAGACGAGGAAUUUGAUCCAUACCUUCAGCAACAACAGCAACAGCAACCCCCUAUCCAGGGUUACGGACCAGGAACAAUGUCGAGUCCAAUAACUGACCCCUUUAUGCCGAACUAUUACAAUCCCUCAAUGUCGUUUCCCUAUCUUGGACAAGGACUUGGUGAUGGUGCUUGGUCAAAUGGCGGUGAUACGUCAAUGUUCUCGGCAGUGGGGGGAUAUGAUUAUAAUGGAAUGUUUAGUGGUUUCGGGUAUCCUCAGUUUUGGGGUGAAUAUCAGCCCAGUGAAUAUUGGGGACAAAAUGCAACUGCACAAGGUCAAGGUCGUAAAGACGCUAGAGGGUAUACAACAGAGGAUUAUUACAGGAUGGAUAAUAUGGUGCCCACUGACCCAUAUUCUGCAAUGAACGGUGACAUGGAACGUGAUCCUGCUAUAGCUAGUAUGGAGCAGGGUUUGAAAGGCAUGAACAUUGGUAUGGAAAAUCAAAUUGAAGGUGGUCCAUCUAAUGAACUUCAGCAUGCUUCCAUGGACCCUUCAAUGCAGACUGGAAAUGUUCAACAUACUGGUUCCUCUCAAGCACCAAAAAAAACCUCGUGGGCGGCUAUUGCAAGUCAGCCCGCACGUCCUCAGCCACAGAAGCCCAGAUCUAUUCCUCGUGCACCAGUGAAUCCUAGUAGACAAAACAACUUGGACAUUGGAACUUGGGAUAGUAACAAGAACUCUGCGGCAGGGGGUAGCAGGCAGCCUGCACCCCAGCAGCCAAGGACUUGGAGUGCACCAAGAUCUGCACGUUCUGCAACAAGUUAUAGUAGUGCUGGAAAUUCUGGGAAUUCUAAUCCGCCACCUAGUUCUUCAACUGGAAAUGCUGGACUCUCUACUAUUAGUGCUCCUUCAUCCGGUGGUGUCAUUGGCACUGCUCACCCUGUGUUAGAAAAGUUGAAAUCAGCAAAUCAGUAUAACCCUAAAGAUUUUGCAAUCAAUACUAAGGGGGCUAGAUACUUCAUAAUCAAGAGUUACUCUGAGGAUGACAUCCAUCGUUCAAUCAAGUAUAGCAUUUGGUGUUCCACUGAACAUGGAAAUAAAAGACUGGACGCGGCAUUCAAAGAACGUGAAGCAAAGGGCCCUGUGUACUUGUUGUACAGUGUGAACGGUUCUGGUCACUUUUGUGGUGUAGCCCAGAUGAUGAGCAUGGUAGACUAUAGUCAGAGUGCUGGUGUGUGGGCACAGGACAAGUGGAAGGGACAGAUUGAAGUGAAGUGGAUCUAUGUGAAGGAUGUGCCAAAUAGUCAGCUGAGGCACAUCCGUCUGGAAAAUAAUGAGAACAAGCCAGUAACAAAUUCGCGUGACACACAGGAAGUGCCACCAGAAAAGGGCAAACAAGUGUUGAAAAUCAUGCAUAACUAUAAGCACACAACGUCAAUCUUUGAUGACUUUGGUCACUAUGAGAAACGCCAGGAAGAAGAUCAGGGUCCUCCAGCAAGACCAAAGCCUCAGUCGGCAAGCAGACAGCGACAGAAUUAAGUGAAAGUGUUUCAGGUGGACUUUCUACAAUAAUGAACUGGAGGAGAGUGAAAUAAGUUUUAUAGACAACUAUAGAUGUAGUAGUAAACUGUGACUUCAGUGUUCUCAUUUUCGUCAGAUUUCAGAAUUCUUGUUGAUGUUGAUUGUUGGACAUGUUUUCAAAUUUACUUUUUUUAUCUUAAGGAGUGGACAUCAUGUAACUUUUAGAAUCAAUUCCUCAUCUCAUUGUGAACUCAUAGACAAAUUCCUGUUAAAACAGCUUCGACUUUAAAAAGUAUUUUAUUAUACUUUGUAUUUUAUUAUACUUCCCAGUCAUCAGAAAAGACUUGCAUUUUGAUAGCAAACAAAAAAAUCGGGUUAUGGAAUGAGCAUUGAUCAGGUGUGAUUAAGGAGUAGAAUUUGUGCAUCAUUUUAGCUUAGAGUAUAUCAUUUAGCAAGAUUUCAUUUUUCCCCUUUCUUUCAUAUAUAGCUAACCCUUUUAAUCAUUUUCUCCCCUUUCUCUUAAAAUCAUUCAUACCCAGUCAUUCAAUAAAUGAAGAUGACAGAGUGCUUGCCCUUUAAUUCAGUUACUUAACAGUGUAUUACCUCCCUUAGACUGCAAAGAAUGAAGGAAGACAAAACUACGUGUGAAUAACUUUUUCAAAAAGUGUUCAGAAACUUGCAACAGUGAAGUGAAAAAAACUUGUUUUUAACGUUACAAGCAUUGAAAAGAAAGACGUUAUCACUACUACAAAAGUGCUUUCAUUCCAAGACAAGUGUGCUCGUGUAUUUUCAGAAAGAUUUGUUUAACUAAGUAUUAAGCACAGACUAGCACACAAGAACCUAAAAGACAUGCUCAUGGCAGUAUGAUUGUGUGAAAAUAAAUUCAGGAAGGAAAAGCAUGGUGCUUGAGUUCAGUGAUCAUUCUAGGAAACUCGAAAUGAAUUGGAUGCAUUGCAUCAUUUGACUACACGUUAGUUCUUUCAUUGAAAACUAUAGUAAACAGAAAAAAAAUGAAAGAGAGAGCUGUGCUCAAUUUUGCAUACACUUGUUACAGUUUCAUAUAUUUCAUAGGAAUAAUGCUCUUUUUAUACGAUAAAAGACAGACAAGUGACUGAAUUUUAAAAUUUGAACUGAAUGUGAUAAAACUCCGAUCCAAAGCAACAUGUCAUAUACUGGUGUUUUAAUGUCGUUAAAGUACUGAAAUAGAAAAAAACUUCAAUAAAUUUUGCAGUGUAUAGGCAGAUGAUCGACAGUGAAACUGAAAACAAAGGUGAUAGUGAUGUUGUAUAUUUGUAUGGUGAAGAGUCAACAUGAGACAAACCCAGCUAUGUUCAGCAUGUGGAAGUUCUACAGUAAUUCAUUGGAAAAGUGAUAGUACGGAAUCCUUGUAUUUAGGCAGAUCAUUUUUUAAAUCUAUACAAAAUGUUUUAUGAGUUGUAUAUAGAAAUACCCUGUUCACAAGUUAGAUGGACUUUUUUAUGUUUAUGCAGAUCCAUUGCAGAGGUGUUCUUGCUCAAAAUUGUGGUUAAUUCACGAGUAAUGUGAACUUGCAUAUUACAUUGAUAUAGUCAAAAAAAUUCCAAAGUAAAAUCGACCACUGAAGCUAUAAUGUGUGGUAAUUUAAUGUUUAUGUAGAUCUGUUUUCUUUGGUUUGUCUCUGAUUAUGAUUGAGGCAGUUAUUUUUAGCUCACCUGAACUUUGUCAGAGUGAGCUGUUAAUACAGGUGGAUGGUCCGGUAUCCCAUGUCCUUUCAACAUUUUCACUCAAACACCUAACACUACUGGUCAGAAUUACACUAAACUUGAUAUGUAGCAUCCUGGCAUGGCUCUGUAAAAUGUUAAUUCAAAUGGUUCCACUUGACCCCACUUAGAGGCUGCCAAACUUCAAAUAGAAAAACCUUGGAACAAUUUCUAUUCAGAACCACUUGAUAGAUUUUCACCUGACUUGGUCUAUAACUUCCUUGUAUGGACCUCAAGUUUAUCCAAAUGGUCCUGCUUUGCUCACCAGGGUUAAAAAUAGCAAACCUUUUAAACAGCUUUUAGUGAACCACAUUAUGGAUCUUCACCAAACUUGGUCUGUAGCAUUCGUAUACGAACCCCUCUUGAGGGUCUGCUUGGUCUCUCUUAGCACUGGAGCUGAAUGCAGUA